AUAACCAUGGGGUCUGAGAACUGGGUUUCAAUUCUUUUGCUGUUACAGCUCUGUUGCUUUAGCUGUGGAUCCUGUGGGAAGGUCCUGGUAUGGCCUAUGGAAUAUAGUCACUGGCUCAAUCUGAAGGUCCUGCUGGAUGGAGUCAUUCAGAGGGGCCAUGAGGUGACUGUGCUGACACCCUCUGCUACUGUUUUUGUUGAUCCUAGUAAUUCAUCAGGUUUCCAUGUUGAAGUUUUUCCUGUGGUGACAAAUCCAGAGGAUUUAGCUUUAUUUUUUGAAACUUUGACACUUUGGAGUAAUGAAUUGCAAAACCUUUCGGCAUUAGAGUAUGGUGCAUUUGUGCAAAACUUAUUUUAUCAGUAUUCAAGGCUUAUAAAACAGCAGUGUGAGAGCGCUGUUUUGAACAAAGACCUUAUGAAGACAUUGAAACAAGCCAAGUAUGAAGUUGUUAUUUCAGAUGCUAUAUGUCCUUGUGGUGAGCUCAUAGCAGAAAUACUUGGAAUACCCUUUGUCUAUAGUCUGCGCUUCAGCCUGGGCAAUACCCUUGAAAAAUACUGUGGAGGACUCCCAUCCCCUCCUUCCUAUGUGCCUGUAGCCAUGUCA